ACCUGGAAUCGAUGUUUCUGUUAAUGAGGAGGCAGAAGCUUUCGGAGCUCAGAUGCUGUGUUGAUUCUAGCGUCAAGAAAUAAAGUCUUGUACUACAUAUAGUUACAUAAUUGUCAUGAUUUAUAGACCUCAAUAAAAACUUGCUUAAGAUAAGUGGACACUAUCACCCUGACGCUUUCAUUUGGCAGGAACAGUACGCACGCAAAAGAUGAUCUUCAGGAGACUAACGCCUCGUAACAUCACCCUCCUGCUGAGCUUCACGAUCAUCUUUCUUUUGUACACCCCAAACCCGAUCAAUAUUACCACAGACUCCUUUGAUGAAUCGAUCUUUGAAGCUUCAUGCUCCUGUAAAACUUGCAUCAUGGGCUUUUUGGACGAUGACUGGUUCGUUUAUCGAUACGACCCCACCAUUCCAGCUCUGCUCAACAGAAAAAACAGCGUGUUACGCCAAGACACCUACAAAUGGUGGAGGGGUCUACAACCCUCCACGUUCCGAGUUAACUACACAGAGGUGGUGGAUCAGAUGUUUUCUCUAUUUCCUGAUGAAGAUCACUACUCAGACGCCGGUCCAGACCGCUGCAGAACCUGUGCUGUGGUGGGAAACUCGGCAAACCUACUGGGAUCCCAUUAUGGGUCUCUCAUAGAUUUCCAUGAUGUCGUCAUUAGGAUAAAUAAAGGCCCGACCAAAGGUUAUGAGAAGGAUGUGGGGUCUAAGACGACUCACCGGAUUCUGUAUCCCGAGAGCGCCAUGGACUUGGACAACUCCACCCAUCUUGUCCUUUUUCCCUUUAAGAUUCGUGACAUGCAGUGGCUCAUAAGUACCUUUACCACUAGACAUAUCACACGCACAUACACACGAGUCAAAUCUUCAAUCAACGCAGACGAGAACAAGGUGAUGAUCCUUCACCCCGCUUUCAUUAAAUACGUCUAUGAGAAAUGGCUGCUGAAACAUGGCAGAUACCCAUCUACUGGCUUCAUUACAAUAUUAUUUGCCUUGCAUAUCUGUGAUCAGGUGAAUGUCUUUGGAUUUGGGGCUUCAAGUAAUGGAACCUGGCAUCAUUACUUUGACAAAAGUCACACUCACUAUAAAGGCGGCCCUCAUGGUGGAGACUUUGAAAACAAAACAAUGCAUCAGCUUCAGCAGAGAAACAAGAUUUCAAUAUAUAAAGGGUAUAGAUAAAAAAAGACUAGGAAAAUACACAGUCUGUUUAUAUAUAUAUUAAAAAAAAAAAAUUGUAAACAUAUUAACUUGUGGAAAGAGAUAUGUUGUGGCCAUGUGAUCCUACAGUAUGUUGAGUGAUGUCCAUCCUAUGUUGGCCAAGAGUUUAAUGCAUUAACAAACCUUAUGAUUACCCCAGUUUUAAUAUGUUCAUGCAGGUUUGUUUACACAUUAAACAGAGAAACAAGAUUUCAAUGUAUAAAGGGAUAUAAAAAAUGCAGUUCUUCCAUUGAAUGAAAUUAAAAGCAGUAAAGUUAGCCGUUGCGCUUUUUCGCCUAAUUGGAUGUGAAGUCUAAAAUCACGCGUCACAGCCUCCGGGACCAAAUGCUCUAUCAGAUGCCACGAGAAAACAACAAACACUGCUAAUAUACACUCACAAUGUGACAUAAUAACUCCAUACUGAAAUCCCAGAUAGCCAGACAAUAAAAAUAUAAAUAUACAAAUUAUUUGUGUUUGGGACGCUGAUAGCACAGAGACUUAGUGAACACCGAAAAUUCUUUAAACUUUUAGCUUAAAUGUUUAAUAUGAAUGAACAGUGCUCAUAAACGGCUGCUGAGAUAGUAUUCUGGAGUGAAAUGAGUUGAGGCUUGGACCCGGAAACAGUAUUUGUUGGAUGCAUUAAAUUUGGAUUAAAGAUUACGAAGGCAAA